AUGGCUCAGCCGCAGCUCGAAACCCCUGCUGCUGCAGCAGCAGCAGCAGAUAAUCAAGAACAGGCCUUGCAGCGGCAAGCUGCCGCUGAAAUUGCUGCCAUCGCAGCAGGGAACGGCCCGCUGCUGCAGCAGAGGGAUUUGGAGCUGCUGCAGCAGCUGCCGAUAACGGAGGGGCUGCAGCAGCUGCUGCUGCAGCGGCAGCCGCUGUUUGAGGCAGCAGCAGCAGCGGAGGACGCGCUCGCGGUGGGCCGUGGCGAAGCGGCGCAGCAGCUUGCUGGCAGCAGCAGCAGCAGUUGCGGCAGCAGCAACAGCAGCAGCAGCAACAGGAAAUGGGGCAUUUGGAGCAUUCCAAGGGCACUGUCCGCUGGCCUUAAACAGGUCGGCGCGCUGCUGCGCCUGACUCACAGCUGCGGAGCAGCAACGCCAGCAGCAGCAGCAGCAGCAGCAGCAGCAGAAGAGGCCCUGCCGUGGACCCCCCGGACAGGGUUGCUGCUGGGGUGUACAGACACUCCAACGUUCAGCCUUCGCAUGGAGCGCUGCAUGCCGCAGCAUUUGCUGCCUCCUCAGCUGCGGGCGCUGCAGCAGCAGCCGGUGCUGCUUGCUGCAGCAGCAGGGGACUUCUCGGUGCUGCUGCCGCUGUUCAGCGCGUGGUGGCAGGCGUGGGAGCAGCAGCAGCAGCAGCAGCAGCAGCACUGCCCCUGCAGCCUGAAGCGAGCAGCAGCAGAAGAGACCCCUGGCUCCGACAGCACGGCGCCGUCUCUGGACUACAGCCCCAGCAGCAGCAGCCCCAGCAGCAGCCGCUGCGACCGCAGCAGCAGCAGCAGCAGCAGCAGCGUGCUGCCGCCGCAGCCCGUGGCGGACUUUGAAAACUUGCUGCUGAACUUGAGCUGCAGGGCCGAGGGGACCCCACAAGCUUUGUCUGCUGCUCUUUCUGUGUCUCUCUUUUCUGCUGCUGGCCGCAUUUCUUUGUCGCUGCAGCAGCUGGCGCAGCUUGCUGCGCUGUCGCAGUGCCACAUGCUGACUGCGCCCGUCCACCACGUGCAGCAGCAGCAGCAGCAGCAGCAGCAGCAGCACGGGCGGAAGGCGCAGCGGAAGGCGGCUGCACUGGCGCUGAAGGCCCUCGUGGGGCUGCUUGCAGCAGUGGUCGAAGAGGCGCAGCAGCAGCAGCGGCGGCUGAGCUGCUGCUGCAGCAGAGACAGCAGCAACAGCAGCAGCAGCAGCAGCAAGGAGGUCUGCCGCUGCAGUGGGCCCUGCUGCCCGCGCGCCCCGCCCUCCGUCUACGCGCUGCGGCAGCACCAGCUGCUGCUGCAGCAGCAGCUGCUGCAGCAGCGAGUACCCUGCGUGGUUGUGCCGCACGUGGUGGCGCAGCUGCAAUGUACAGAAAACAAAGAUGUUAUUCGUGCUGCUGCUGCUGCGCUGCAGCAAGUUGCUGCUGCUGCUCCCAGGGGCCUCCUGGGGGCUGUGCAGCUUUCCGGGGCCUGCGAAGCAGCGCGGCCGCUGGCGCAGCGGCGGCAGCUGCUGGCAGCGGCAGCGCAGCAGCUCACUGCAGCAGCAGCAGCAGCAGGCCCCGAGCGGCCGCUGCUGCGGGUAGUGACUGUGCAUGCAGAAGCAGGGCCCCUCGAGCUGCUGCAUGCGCUGCUGCUGGGCGCAGAUGUUGUGGAGGGAGGUGCAGCAGCAAGUGGCAGCAGCGCAGCAGCAGGAGUGGCCUGGAGCUUUGGGCUUCCCUCGCCAGCGGAGCUCGCUGCUGCUGCAGCAGAACAGCAGCAGCAGCAGCAGCAGGGGGCUGCGGAGGACGCUCGUGCUGCGCUGCUGCUGCUGGAGCAGUGGCCGCAGCAGCAACUCAAAAUGCACCGGCAGCUAAAUUUGCUGUCGCCGCGUUAUGCUGAAGACACGCGCUGCAUAGAUGGCCGCCCCAGCCGCAGCAGCAAGACCCCCGCGGACGCAGCAGCAGCAGCAGCAGCAGCAGCAGCAGCAGCAGCAGCGGCUUCAGUCGCGGGAGACGCAGAAGACAUGGACACAGACGAGACGCAGCAGCAGCAGCAGCUGCUGCUGCAGCAGGAGCAGCAGGAAGAAGAGGACGGCUUUUUGGGCUUUGCUUCUGCCGUUAGGGACAGCCGCUGCUACCUGCACCAUUUGCUGCUGCAGCACGAGAUGAACGGCCCCGCGCUGCUGCAGCAGCACAACAUGGAGUGCUGCUUGGCUUUUGCUGCUGCAGUCCGUAGCAGCAUCAAAAGCCGCACUCUUGCUGCUUUCGUUCGCUGCUUCCUUCGGGACCAGACUCUCAGCGAGGAGCAGUAUGCUGCUGAGUUUGCUGCUGCUGCUCCUGCUGCUGCUGCGCCUGCUGCUGCUGCUGCUGCUGCAGAGCCCUUCAGCAAACAGCCGCUCAUAGAAGAGGAGCAGCAGCACGCGAAAGAGGAGCAGCAGGAGCAGCAACACCCUCAGCAGCAGCCGGACGAGCAGCAGCAAGAGCAGCAGCAGCAAAAGGAGGAGCAGCAGCAAAAGAAGGAGCAGCAGUCACAGGAAGCAGAACAGCAGCAAACUGAGGAGCACGGGACAUCUGAUUCCGCAGCAGCAGCUCAAGAGGCCGCAAGUGCAGAAAAUGCAGCAGCAGCAGCAGCAAACGAAGGACCCAAAGGCGUUCGCCGCAGCAACAGCCGCAGCAGCAGCAGCAGCAGCAGCGCAGAAGCGGAUGCCUCGGCAGCCGCAGCGAAGCGCCCGCGGGGACGGCCGCGCCGCAGCAACAGCAGCGCAGCAAGCGACAGCAGCAGCAGCAGCGCAGCAGGCGACAGCAGCAGCAACGCGGCUGCACCGGCACAUAAGAGGCGCCGCAUGCAGAACUGA